AUGCUCUCGCAUGCUGAGCAGGUGUCUCAACGGGUGUACCCGUAUUAAACCCGUGUUUCUGAGGUUAUUUUAGUCUCAGUUGGGCUAAAACGGGGGAACAACGGGUGUAAGAAAAAUAGGUAACCCAGCUGGGCUAAAGCGGGGUCUCAGUUGGGCUAAAAAGUGCCAAAAGUUCUAUCAGCUGGGCUUAUACGGGUUUAAUACGGGGGCACCCGCGGAGACCCCGUGUUAGCACGGCGGGGUUACCCUGCUCAGCAUGCGAGUGAGCAGGUGUCUCAACGGGUGUACCCGUAUUAAACCCGUGUUUCUGAGGUUAUUUUAGUCUCAGUUGGGCUAAAACGGGGGAACAACGGGUGUAAGAAAAAUAGGUAACCCAGCUGGGCUAAAGCGGGGUCUCAGUUGGGCUAAAAAGUGCCAAAAGUUCUAUCAGCUGGGCUUAUACGGGUUUAAUACGGGGGCACCCGCGGAGACCCCGUGUUAGCACGGCGGGGUUACCCUGCUCGCAUGCUGAGCAGGUGUCUCAACGGGUGUACCCGUAUUAAACCCGUGUUUCUGAGGUUAUUUUAGUCUCAGUUGGGCUAAAACGGGGGAACAACGGGUGUAAGAAAAAUAGGUAACCCAGCUGGGCUAAAGCGGGGUCUCAGUUGGGCUAAAAAGUGCCAAAAGUUCUAUCAGCUGGGCUUAUACGGGUUUAAUACGGGGGCACCCGCGGAGACCCCGUGUUAGCACGGCGGGGUUACCCUGCUCAGCAUGCGAGUGCUCAGCAUGCGAGCGUGUUCAAAGUGAUUCCGCGAAAUUCAAAAUAGCCGUCAGAGAAAGAGAAAGAUAACUGAAUUUUGGAGGGUCAGAGACCAUUUCGCAUUUCGCGGAAAUUACUUUGAACACGGCAUUAUUAUUUUUUCGAAGUGCGGUUUUUUCCAUUUUUCUUUUCGUAAAAAGAAAACCUCAGCCAUGUUCAAACUAAUUUCUGCGAAUUAGGAAUGAACGUCAGAGAAAGAAAAAUAUAAUUAUAAAAUUAGAUAGUGAAAGAUUAUUUUUUUAUUUCCCCUGAAUACCAUAUAUAUUUCACAUAUAAUGGGAGGAUAAAUGUUAGCUCCAUAUUCUAAAAAAAUUUUGCUUUGUUCAUCAACAAAAAAAACAUUAAACGUGAUUUAUUUCAGGUGGUUUUACUUGGCGAUUAUAAACCAGAACGUCAGGAGAAGGGAUCGUGGAGAAUAGUUGAGAGGUGCUAUUUCAAAUCAAUUUGUAAAAAAAAGAAAAAUGUUUAAAAAUUAAAACUUUUGUUGAAUUUAGAUAGAAAACGAAAAAAAUGAAAUAUUUAAGUUUUUAAAAAGUGAAAAUGUCUUUCAUAUUUAUCGAUUUUUUUGGGUUUUUUCGUCUAUAUAUAAUGUUAUUAACUUUCAAUCUUUUUUUCCCCCGUAAGUUGGAUCGAGUCACCUCAAUAACUUUUUUUUUCAAGUAAACUUGAGAUUCUUCAGAAUCGUUGACGAUGAGCAGUACGUUCGAUGUGUGGUGGUGGAACACAAGGUAGUCGGAGCGAUGCUGAUAGGAGAAACUGAUCUCGAGGAGACGAUGGAGAAUCUUAUUCUCAACAAGACCAACAUCGCUCACGUCGAAGAAGUCUUCUUGGAUCCUGACGUCGACAUUGACGAUUAUUUCGACUAA